AUGCGCGUCCACGGUCUCUUCUAUACAUGAGGCAACUUCAAAUGUGUGUGUGUAUACCAACCGAGUGACUAUAAAACGGCACGCGCGCAGGAGUGACUCGGUUCUGUUGCGGCCAACAGUCCGUCGGGAUCGAAUGUGAGCAGCAGCAGCAGCAGUCAAGAACUUGACACAACAUAUAUCCCCGAGUCUCUAUUUGCUAUUCGUUCCCACUUUUGUGUUUGGUUUAGUCGUCCAAAAUUCAACUUUGUCCGAAACCAACGCGAACGUGACAAAAGCUGCCAGACGGAACGCAUUCAUGGCCGGUACGAAUUCAUUCCUUUCGAGUGUGGCAAUUCCAACGGAGAAGAGUGUUUGAAUUGGGUGGUUUUUCUAUCAAGAAUGAAUUGCGGUGACAAUCAUCCAGCGCCAAUCAUGGCCGAAGUGACGAUCCUGACGCCCAACAACGUCGGCAAACGUCACCACCAACAACAACAACAACAACAGGACGUGCUGAUGAUGUCGUCCCUUUCUGAUGAUUUCGCCCGUCAACUUUCUUCCUCGUCGUCUCCAUUGGUGGCCGUCGACGGCCGAAUGACCGACGACACUGAUGACCAUCAGCAUUUUGAAGAUGAGCCAACCCUUCAGAGUCCGUCGGCGUCGGGAGCGCAACAUCUCGACGUGAUAAUCAGUGCCGGUGGUCAUCAGCAGAGCGACGACACGGGGACGGUCCAGCAGCGUCAUUCGCCGGCCGAUAAGGGUUGUCAUUAUUCCGACGGCGAAGAUGACGACGAGGACGACGAAGAAGAGGAACAUGAAGAGGAGCAAGACGCUCUGGUCAGGGCCUCUCGUUUGAGUCGUCGGCAUUCGUCGGCCGGCGCCGUGCCCAUGUCAUUAACCGUGUCGCCGUCCAACGUGUUCACGGACGUCUAUCAGGGCGGGACGUCCGUGCUCGGACGUGGCCUGGUCCGCGAGAGAUCGGCACCGACAAGACGUUGUCGAAUUGAAGAGGAGCAGCAACAGCAGCCGCCGCGGAAUCAAUCGGCCACCUCGUCGGCACGUCCAGCAGGAGCAAUCAAUAAUAACGUCGGUGGUAAUUGGUUGAACGUGCCAGGUGCUGCCGACAGUUCUGGGAAGAAGAAGAACAAGACGGCCAGCAGCGGGCGAAACAAUGUCUCGAUCGAGCGUCUGGAAUUAGUUCCGGCAUCGCCUAUGAGGAAUAAAUCACCGUCGGGAGCCCUCAGCUCGCUGGCCGCUCCCGGCCGCCGACUCCAGCAGAACAACAGUUUCGGCGGAACAGCCAGCGAGUUGCAUCAUCAUCGGCCGUCCAAUCCGAGUUUGGAAUCGUCGGCCGGGCAGACGAGUAAUAAGGAAUCGCUGCGUCAUCAUCGUCCGUCGUCGACGUCGCAACAUCAUCACGUUCGCUCGCAAUCGGUCCGUGUGGCUCCCCGCAGUACAACUACAACUACAACAACAACAAGCAACCGAAACAACAACAUCAGCAGUUCAAUCAAUCAGCCAAAGUUGUUGGCCGACUACAACAGUGUCCAGCAGCAUCAGCAAUCCAUCAAGGUCCGUCCUCGAGGGACCAGUUUGCCGGGAACCAACUGGGUCGAUCCCCCGACGACCGCAAUCAACGCAGAGGAACAGCAACAACAGCAACAACAUUAUUACGGCAACAAUCAGCAGACGGUAGGAGGCGAAGGUGAUGAAGCCGAUUAUUACCUGUUGAGGCAUUUUAUCGUACACGGCAAAAGUAACAAAGUCGUCAACCGAGGCGAUUCCUUCCGUCGAUCCUUGCGAUCCCACAAGCAGCAACAACAGCAGAGCGGCGGCGCCAUCAGCCAACAUUCCAGCACAUCCAGCAUCAGUACGGAAAAUGUUGCCGGAUCACCGCCGCCGAUCCAACAACCUCACCAGCAGUAUCAAUACCAGCCACAACACUACCAGCAACAACAGGGUCAAUACUACUCGUCUGGGCCCUAUCAGCACUACUCGUCCAUGGAUCAAGUUCAACAGCAUCCGGCCGUGCCGCUGUCAUCAUCCAGCAGCAGACGAGCCUCGUUAUCUCUGCUGAUGGUCGGAGCUGAUCAACAACAAUAUCUAACAGCUGGCCCGUCGCCGCCAUCGGGCCCUUAUUCGUUGGGGGCCGCCACAGCUGAACCGUUCAGAGUUCUGAUGCUCGGAGCUUCCGGCGUUGGCAAAACAGCCCUGACGGCCCAAUUCAUGACGUCUGAAUACCUCAACACGUACGAAGCUUCAUUAGACGAGGACGCCUGCGACCGUUCCGUUUCGGUUCUCCUAGACGGCGAGGAAUCUCAAUUGAUUUUCAUCGAUCACCCGCACGGCGAAAUAUCGGUGGAGAAUUGCAUAGCGACGUAUAAUCCGCACGCCUACGUCAUCGUCUACAGCGUCGUCGACGCCGAAAGUCUCCGCGAAGUGGAAGAGAUCCUCCACUUUCUGUGGCGUCACUCGCUGACCAACAACAGCAACAGCUCAACGUCGUCGUCCUCCUACUGCCGUCAGCGUCACAACACAAUCAGUUUACCUGUCGACGAUUCCCUGACACCCAGCAACAGCAACAACAGCCGGACGUCACCGUUUCAAAUGCUCCCGCCACCCACCGUCAUCCUGGUGGCCAAUAAAAUCGACUUGGUCCGCUGCCGAAUCAUUUCUCCGCAAGCGGGCAAAUCUUUAGCGACAUCUUUCGACUGCAAAUACAUCGAGACGUCGAGCGGAAUGCAGCACAACGUCGACGAACUGCUAGUCGGAAUCCUCAAGCAGAUCCGGCUGAAAAUACAAAAGACGGAACAGCAAAUGCAGUUGCUUCUAUCAUCGCCAAAUUCUUCGUCGUCCACCUCCUCAUCGUCCAGGAGUUUGUUCCGAAAGAGGAGUGGACGCCGACGUCAGCAGCAACAACAACAGCAGCAACAACAACACAGAGUUAAUUAUCAGGGUGGUUCAGCAGGUGCUGGAGAGGGUGAAGGAUCCUGUUGCAUCAGCACGUCAGCAGCAGGAGUCGCUACCGGUGGAUAUCGGAUAACAUCAUCAACUAAUCGACGAUCGGCAAGUCUACGGGUCCGCCGGAUGUUGGGCAAAGCCGUUUGGACCUGCGCUGAAUAUUAUCACAGGAACAAAUCGAGAUCCUGCGAGGAUCUUCACGUUCUGUGAGAAAAAAAAAACAGCCCGAAGAAAAUUCGCUUUCAAAAUUUGUUUCCAAAAAAUUUCAAACAUAUCCCCUUUCUCAAUUUAAAUAAGAACAGCCAUCAUUUGCUGUCCAUUUCUUCUUCUUCUUCUUCCUCAUCUAUCUGCUUGUUUUUUUGUCCCCCUCUAUAUGAAUGUGUAUACCGUCUGCAGCUGGGCUCCCUCUGACACGACCGUCUAUAAAUACAUCGAUCAUAUCACGUUG